UUCACUUUUUUACAGCAGGUUCUACACAGUUAAUAAAAAGUUAUUAUUUUACCUUGCAGUCACCUAGCUCUCGGUUCCGGAACCAGGAUACUGAAGAUUCAUUUUACAAAGGCCUACCGUUCCUUGCUGCAAACUUCAUAUUCAUUUCUUCCCUCGGACGGGGUUCUUUUGGAAAGGUGAUAAAGGUUCAACACAAGUAUGAUAAUACUAUCUAUGCCAUUAAGUGUAUCCCACUGUAUGGGGUUGAAGAAAAUACUUUAGAAGAAACAAAAUAUGAGGUUGAAUGUCUGUCAUGCCUCGAUCAUAGAAAUAUAAUUCGUUACAACACUUCUUGGGUUGACAGUAUGAAAGAAGUACCACAUUCAGAUGACAGCACAGCGGAGCUCAGUGAUGAUAUCAGUAAUGACAAUUAUAAACGUCUAGGACUACUUAAAAAUCGAGAUGGUUCACCACGACGUUGGUUUUGCAUCAAGAUGGAAUAUUGCGAAACCACACUAGAGCAAAUUAUUAGGCACAAUUCGUACCGAGACUCAAACAACAAGUUGGAUUAUUUUUGGCAGAUUGUGGAAGGUUUAGCAUACUUGCACAUGAGAAAUUUCCUUCACCGAGACCUAAAACCUUGCAAUAUUUUGGUCGACGCCGAGGGCUGCGUCAAGAUUGCCGACUUUGGUCUAGCCAUAAAGAUGUGUACGUCGCCUGUUGGUGACGGCUAUAACUACAACGAAAAGAACGAUAUGUAUGAUCUGAGCCUGAUCCUGUCUGAGAUGUUCAGUGAGGUGCGGACUGGACGACAUCUAUGUGGCAGUGUCGGCGAGAUAACUGAGGCGAUAGAUCUAUACCGAUGGCUACAAAAACCUCACAGUCAACGUCCAUCGUGCGCGGAUUUAUUAAAAUACCAUGAUGCAUUUUGUAAUAAAAUUGGAAGGUUUCAAUCGGCGUUUAGUCAAUCUGUGUAG